GCCGGGGCCAGGGCUUCUUCUCCUGCUGCUGCUGCUGCUGCUGCCGGUGCCGGGCAUGGCUUCCUCCUCGGAGCGGAGCCCCCUCCUGGCCUACCGCCUGUGCAGCAGCCUCUCCUCCCGGGAGGAGCCCGGGGGGGGCCCAGGGCCAGGGCCAGGCUCCGGGCGCAAGCUGCCCACCUGCCUCGGGGUGGUCAUCCCGACCCUGCUGGCCAUGUUCAGCGUGGUCCUCUUCCUCCGCCUCGGUUUUGUGGUGGGCCAGGCCGGCUUGUACCAUGCCCUGGUCAUGUUUGUCGUUGCCUAUUUCAUCAUUGGCAUGACUGUCUUGUCCGUAUGUGCCAUCUCCACCAACGGGGCCUUGGAUGCUGGUGGUGCCUACUAUAUGAUCAGCCGAGCCCUGGGACCUGAGUUCGGGGGCAGUAUUGGGAUCAUGUUCUUCUUGGCCAAUGUUUGUGGCAGCGCUUUGUACAUUCUGGGGCUGGUGGAGGCCAUCGUGGAUGAUUUUGGAGCUCCAGCAGAGGGAGGCACCGGUGCGGCCAUCCAGGUCCUGCCCCGCGGUUACUUGUUUGAAGUCUUAUAUGGCACGAUUCUGCUGCUCCUCUGUCUCCUUGUGUGCCUCGUCGGCGCCGGCAUCUACGCCAAGGCCACCUUCCUCAUCUUCCUCAUCGUCAUGGCGGUGCUGGCCACUGUCUGCCUCAGUUUCUUUGUGGUGAAGCCCCACACUGUCCAGCUUCCUCCCAGCAAUGAUGACAAUGCCACGGUUCACACCAAUGCCUCCUUCACCGGCUUCAAGCUCAGCACCCUCCUGGAUAAUCUCCCCCCCGAUUACAUUGUGGAUUAUACAACUGGGCGCCUGAUGAGCUUCAGCACAGUCUUCGCUGUCAUGUUCAACGGCUGCACAGGGAUCAUGGCAGGCUCCAAUAUGUCUGGAGACCUUCAGCGUCCCAGUUACUCCAUUCCCCGAGGCACCAUCACAGCUGUGAUCUUCACCUACAUUGUAUACAACGUGUUGGCUGUGCUGCUGAGCUGCACCUGUGACAGGUACUUUCUUCAGAGAGGACACAGCUUCCUGAGGGACAUCAACAUCUGCCCCCUUCGCUCAUUGGUGUCAUGCUCUACGCUCUCAGCUGCCAUGAGCAACCUGAUCGCCUCCCGAAUCCUACGCUUUGGCCAAGAUGACCUCUUUGGCAAAGCUCUGGCACCAGCCAAGAGGACUUCCCGUGGUGGGAACCCCUGGGCAGCCGUGAUCUUCUCCUGGGUCCUUGUGCAGCUGGUGCUUUUCUCUGGCAAGUUGAACACCAUUGCAGCCGUGGUCACCAUCUUCUUCCUCCUGGUCUACGCCACCGUGGAUCUGGCUUGUCUGGCCCUCGAAUGGGCAUCGGCCCCAAACUUCAGGCCCACCUUCAAGUAUUUCACAUGGCACACCUGUGUGCUAGGCAUCGCGGGAUGCGUCAUCAUGGUCUUCCUCAUCAGCCCAAUCUAUGCUUCAGCCAGUGUGGUCUUCAUGGUGAUCCUCCUUGUGGCACUCCAUUACCUGUCGCCCAGCAGUAGCUGGGGCUACAUCAGCCAGGCUCUCAUCUUCCACCAGGUCCGCAAGUAUCUGCUGAUGCUGGACAUCCGCAAGGAGCACGUCAAGUUUUGGCGUCCCCAAGUGCUGUUGAUGGUGCGGAAUCCCCGGACGUCCCUGCAGCUCAUCAGCUUCAUCAAUGACCUGAAGAAGAGUGGGUUGUAUAUCCUUGGCCAUGUGGAGCUGGACUGCUUAGACUCCCUGCCUGCUGACCCUCUGGCGGACCAGUCAGACUCAUGGCUGCAGCUUGUGGACAGGCUGAACAUCAAGGCUUUCGUCAACCUGACGCUCUCUGAUUCAGUGAGGCAUGGCACCCAGCAGUUGCUCUUCAUCUCUGGCUUGGGUGGCAUGAGGCCGAACACCAUUGCUCUGGGCUUCUAUGAUGACACAGCCUCACACGAUGUCCUGUCCCAACACCCAGCCUUUACCGGUGAGGAGGCAGCCUGGCAGAAUUUCCCCCCAGUGUGGGCUUCUGGGACCCAAAAGCGGAUCUCCUCCCAGGAGUAUGUAGGCAUUAUUGCCGAUGCCGUGAAGAUGCUUCGCAAUGUUUUGCUGGCACGCUCCUUUGAGGAACUGACCCUGCCCCAGGCGUCAGUAUGGCGGGCCCAGCCGCUUAUCGACGUCUGGCCCAUCAACCUGCUGCGGCCGGACAGUGCCCACUAUGUAGACACCUGCAGCCUCUUCCUGCUUCAAAUGGCCUGUGUCCUGGCCAUGACUCGGACUUGGCGCCGGGCCCGCUUGCGUUUGUUCCUGUGUGUGGAGAGCGGCACCCACUCUGGCGGCCAAGAGGACAAGCUGAGGCAGCUGUUGAAGGACUUGCGCAUUCAGGCAGACAUCCAUAUGGUUCUCUGGGACAACGUGGUUGCCCUCCACUGGCACAGUCGGCAACAGAUUUCGGACGACCAUGCCAUCAACUUCCCUGGCAAUGCUGCCUGCAUUUCCAACGAGUACCUGAGCGCCGUCAAUCAACUCAUCCUGCAGCAGAGCUCCAGCCCCACCGUCCGUUUCCUCUACUUGCCCCGUCCCCCUGCUGAUACCAGCCUUUACCUCAGGUACUUGGAGCAGCUCGAAGUCCUCACCCGUGGACUGGGCCCCACAUUGCUGGUGCAUGGGGUCAGUGCCGUGACCAGCACUGAACUAUAGGUCAGGGCCACCAACUCUGUGAGAGUAAUUGGGAUUCAUGGUGGCUGGCUUGCCCUCGUGCCCACUGUGGGCAAGGGCUUGGUGAGUCACAGAACACCAGACCAACAUGAUGGAUCAUGGAACCAGGGCUAGAUCAGCUGAAGACAGACUGUGUGCUUCACCUUUCGGUUUUGUCCAAGUAGACUGUGUCCAUCUUCCCUUUUUCCUCAUCAGGUGCGUCCCUCUAGACCUCCCAAGAAUGGGAACUCUCUGAGACUGGCUUGAUGACCACCAAAGCCAUCCUGGCUGAGACACAGACUGCCAUCACCCUCUGUCUUCCCUUUGUAUUGCCUUUUUGCAUUCCAGCAAAACCUUUUACCUCAGGUAUUUGGAGCAGGUCAAGGACCUCAUGCAUUCCAGUAGACCUGGAGUAUAGCAAAGCUAGAAGAUGUCCCUCAACUUGGGUUCCUUAAUAGCAAAGGAGCAUUUUUGGUGUCAGUGGCCUUGAGGAACUCUGUGUCAGCCACCUUCCUUUUGACACUUGUAGAGAUGGGAGCAAAAUUAAAGAUGGCACUGUGGGA